CUCCGCCUCUCUGUCACCAUGACACACAUGGACCACAAAUACACCCUGCUGGGUUCCCCGAUGGAGGACUACAGGAAGAGACCUCUGCUACUCCAGGUGGACGACAGGGCCAUGAGCCUGUUUGCCGUGCUGGAGGUGAAACAUGACCCUCUCCAUCUCCACCGACCCUGGCCCUGGUGCAUUCUGGGAUGUGGUACGAGCACCCUGACCUGCUUCAGGAAGGUUAAACUGUACAGCUUCCUGUUCGGCCUCGCCGUCGUGUUCCUCAUCAUGGCUUCCUAUGUCCUCACUGGGGACAGGAAGGGCCUCCUCUUGACCCCCUCCCCAUACCACUUCUCUAUGGUCCCCAACGCGGGGUCCGGGGCUGGGCCCUACCCCUUUAAUCUGUCUUCUGCCAAGGACUAUGCUGACAUGAACGUGGUGGUGAAGAGGAUAGCGUCCAAGGUGGAGUUUAGGACCACUAGAAAGCUGCCAGACCUUAAGGCACUGAUCCACAGUGAGCCACAUAUGUUUUCCGUUAUCCCCAACAAGUUUCUUCCCGACGUCAAGAACCCCUGCUGGUACGAGGAGCACGCUGGAAAUAUCACCAAGGACCCUUACGGGACAAACCUUUAUGCCCGUUACUCACGCCGCUUCAGAACCGUGUUUGAGUACCUGAGGAAGGCUUUCCGAGAACACUUGUACCGUCGCGGGGGGAAAUACUACCGCCUUCGCUGCCUGCCUUACUUUUACAUCAUAGGCCAGCCUAAGUGCGGCACCACGGACCUGUACGACAGGCUGCAGCUGCACCCCGAGGUCAGGUUCACCACCUUCAAAGAGCCUCACUGGUGGACCAGGAAGAGGUUUGGUGAGUUGACU